ACAGAGUCAGAAAACCAGCUGAAGUCCCGUUAAUAUGAGUCGGCGUUCUCGGGCCUCCAGGAUGCAGCAGCACAUCCACUGUGAUUCCUGCUACAGCCGCCGCUGCAGGGCUCGGGUGGAGGCCUCUGUGUGCUGUGCGGUCACCCCCUGCCGUCUGCACUGUGGCGCCCUCUUCCACCUGUGCAAAGCAGAGGAUCACCUGCUGCUCUGCCCUAAUGUGAGGGUGCCCUGCAUCAAUGCUGCGUACGGAUGCCCUGUUCAGCUGCCUCGCUCUUCACGGGCAUCCCACCUCCAGGUGUGCCCGGCCAGCGUGGUGUGCUGCACCAUGGAGUGGCUCCGUUGGCCGACCGAUGACACAAACCCACACAGCCACAAAGCCCUGCAGGACAACUUGGUGAAAGAAAGUGAGGGACAGGAGGAGGCUCUGGACCUUGCCAUGGCCAUAAUCGAUCAAAAAGACCUUUACAGCCGCCUAAAAAUGAAGCCGCUCUAUCCGGAGCUGACAGAGGAGGAAGAGGAGGAAAUAAAUGAUGAGAUGAAAGAGGAAGCAGCAGCUGGUGGAGUAGUCAAUGGUGUCGUAAUCGAAGAUACCAGUGAUGGUUUUCCUAAAAACACCUCCUGUGAGCAUAGUGGUGCUGAACAGACUGUACCAAACAGUGCUGUGCAAGGUUCAGGCAUCAACAAAGAUAAAUAUGACCUGUUCGAGAUGAUGUUCAGCAUGGACAGAGGCGGCUGUGAGGCCGCUCAGGAAAAUCUGAACAACCCCAAACAAAACCCAAACGUUGGUGACAAGGGAAAAACUCAGAGUGGCAGAAAUCCAAAAGGGACUGAGAGGCAGGACCAGACAGACGCAGAGAAUGACAGCUCUGCUGCCAAAAACUGUCCCCCAGCGGACACCAGUAAGACCGGGAUGGCCCCGUGGCAGGAGGGAGUGCUGGACCGUUUGGGGCAGGAACUCACACCACAGGAGUACAACAUGUACGUGGUGCAUCAUGGUCGCAUGCUGCUAGCCUUUGGACAAAUCGAGGCCUGUACUCCAAGGGAGAAAGACUUUGUGUACGGCAGCUUGGAGCCUAUUCCAGUCCAGACACUGCGCUCAUUCAAGGUACCUGACAGCUAUCACUACAGGCGACGUGUUCAUCUAUACGACACGGCCGCACGGGUUCAAAGUGAACCUCGCGGUGUGGACACAUCGGACCUCGGAGUCAAAGAAGAUGAGUGGCUCACUGAUGAAGCAGCAGCCACGCUGCUGGGCUAUGCAGAGGAAGAGGUCAUGGGUCACAAGAUCAGCGAGUCGAAAGCAUACGACGGGCUCUACAUUGACGUGGGAACGCAGACAUAUUCGUUUCGCUCAGCUCCUUUCAAAGGGAAGACCACCCUGGCUGAGGUGAUGGUGGACAGACCGCUGAAGCUUCACCUGCAGCUGCAAGCGGAGAGUGUGAACAGCAGACACAACAGAGCCAGCUGUGUCUUCACCUUCCUCUGCGGUCACACCUUCCACCGACGAGAGUUCGCCACACAUGUCAGGAAUGUGCACUGUGACAUCCACACAUGUCUGAGCGGUUGGUUCGAGCAGCGGUGUCCACUCGCGUAUCUGGGGUGCACCUAUAGUCAGAGGAGGUUUCAUCCUUCCACACAUAAAGCUACCGUCACAUACAAUAAGGAGCUGAGGAGUUUUAACUUGCGUCCAACAUUCGAAGGAUUAGUAGGUGACAAUUCACCCACGAGCUCAGAAGGAAGAGGGGGCUCUUUGGGCUCUCUUCCCUACGAGGUGCUGUGCCACAUGGCCAGUUUCCUGGACAGCCUGUCCCUCUUCCAGCUGGCUCUGGUGUCCCGCCUCAUGAGGCAGGUGUGCUCCACUCUGCUGAAGGAGAGAGGGAUGGUCACCUUCCGCUGGGAGAAGAAAACCUACUCACACGGGAGAACCAAGUGGAGAGCCAAGCUUGUGUGGGAGUUCAGUCAUCUCUUCUCCUCAGUGGAUUCGUGGCAUAUGGCUGACAUCCCUCCUAUAUCUGCUCACCUGAAAGUCUGUCCCUACUACGAGGUAUCCCUGCACAGUAAGCCGGUUUCCCUCCCCAGCAUGGACGAGAAAUGCAGCCAGAAGAGUUCGAGCCUUGUCAACCAUUUCACAGGAAACAGAUGACAACAAUUCCCCUGCUGCACCUGCCCCAAAAAAUGUAUUUAUGGCCAGGUUAUUCUGCACAGAUAUCAAGAGUGUCUUCUAUAACCAUUAUGUUGCAAAACUCUACAGAAAAAAAGUUACCUAAACUUAACAGAGGCUUUUGGCUUACUGGAAAAUAACGUGUUCUAAGUAUUAUCAUUAAUCAGACUUUUAGCUGAUGAUAUUUGUAUUGUGUGGGAUUAAGAUGAUUAUAACAGAAUAAAAACUGUUAAUGUUAAAUAGAAAAUAAGUUCAUACUUUCAUUUAUAAAUAUACUAUAUGUUUAUUAGAAGUGUUGAUCAAUCAUAUUUUAGUCAUUUUAAACAAAACAGCUGAACUGGUUCAAGGCUUUUUUGUUUUUAUUUGUCAGAAAAGAUAUUAAAAUUAACACCUUUGUGGUUUUUACAAAGAUUAUAUGCAGAACCGUAGGACCUAAAGCUGGAUAAACAUGAUGAGGUAUACCAUUGAGAUAUAAGAAAGAGUUGUUGAAGCUUGGUUAAGAGGAGAGACUGAGCAGCCAAAAGAAGAAGAUCAUUGUGGUUCAUCUUGGUCUGUGAAAAUGACAACGCACAUAAUAAAUGCUUUCU